UGGUCGGAGUAGUAGCUAGUGGAAGAUAUCAACAGAGCUACGUGUCUUCUUACCUCCGCGGUACUACGGAAUACAGAGGAGUCGUUGGAGGGCACGCGCAUCACGACAGAGAGCAGCGCGAGAAGGUUUUUUUUUUUUUUUUAGACGGUACGGCAUGAUUUAAAACAAGAAAUAAAGAAAAUAUCUGUAUUGAAUAACCGCGUUAGGUGACGCUCCACCUGAAAAGACUCACGUUAAGUUUUGACGGAUUUUACGGCACAGGUGCGUUAAAGGAUUAAAUACAGGCAUUUGGCGGAUGGUUGUCGGUUUCGUGGAGAGGAGUCAGCGCCUCUGCGCAAGUCUCAGAUGAAGAUGAAGUCUGCGGGCAUCGUGGAUGGAGGCUUGUUCACAGAGAGCUAUUGUAACAUCUGCAAUGCCCAGCUCAUCUCCGAGUCCCAGCGCACGGCUCACUAUGAGAGUAAGAAACAUGCCAACAAGGUACGUCUGUUCUACAUGCUUCACCCUGAAGACGGAGGACCACCUUCCAAGAGACUGCGGCCAGAUAACCCAGACUGUGCAGAGACAGAGGUGGACAGGAACAAGUGCUGUACUUUGUGUAACAUGUUCUUCACCUCCGCCAUUGUGGCCCAGUCACACUACCAGGGCAAAACCCACGCCAAGAGAGUCCGCCUGGUACUGGGGGAGCCGCCCAGCAUACCCACAGCCACGACCAGCCCUACAAACACAGAUUCCUCCCCUUCCACCCCGCUGCCCACAGACCCCGUUGCGUGCCCCCCUCCUCCCCCUGACCUGGCUUGGCCCUUGGCGGUAGUCGGCGGAAACGGCGGAAGAGAGGCCGGGAAGUACUGCUGCCUGUGCGGAGCCUGGUUCAACAACCCGCUGAUGGCCCAGCAGCAUUACGAGGGCAAGAAACACCGCAGGAACGCAGCCAGAGCACGCCUCCUGGAGCAGCUAGCGGGCAGUCUGGAUGCCACGGAGAGCACAGGUCAGCUUCUUGGCCCCGAGCCCGACACAAGGCUGCGCAGUAGUUACUCUUGCAGUGUCUGCAGUGUGGUCCUCAACUCUAUCGAGCAGUACCAUGCACACCUCCAGGGCUCCAAGCACCAGAACAAGUGA